CAAACCCUGCGAGGAGCAGGAUGUCCCAGCAAGACAAAGGCAGGCUGUGAGCAUCAUGUACGUGAGCUAUCUGUUGGAUAAAGACAGCAGCAUGUAUCCAGGAUCCGCAAGGUGCACCAGCAACAACCUGCCCGUGCAAAACUUCGUGUCUGCUCCAGCCUACUCUGACUACAUGGGAUACCACCCUGUGCCAGCCCUGGACACCCACGGGCAGCCAGCACCGGCCUGGGGCUCCCACUACGGCCCCCAGCGCGAGGACUGGAGCGCCUACGGCCCAGGCCCUUCCAGCGCCGUGCCCGCUGCCCACAUCAAUGGCUCGUCCCCCGGGCAGGGCUCCUACAGCUCUGCUGAUUACAGCUCCCUGCACCCCACUGCUGCUGCUGCUGCUGCUGCUGCGGGGUUACCUCCUGUAGAUACAAUUAAUGCCCAGCAGCAAAUCUCUCCCAACAGCCAAAGGCACAGCUCUUAUGAGUGGAUGAGGAAAACGGUGCAAUCCACUUCCACAGGUAAAACAAGAACGAGAGAGAAGUACCGAGUGGUUUACACAGAUCAUCAGAGAUUAGAAUUAGAGAAGGAGUUUCAUUACAACAGAUACAUUACAAUCAGGAGGAAGUCUGAACUUGCUGCAAACCUAAGACUUUCCGAGAGACAGGUGAAAAUCUGGUUCCAGAACCGCAGAGCCAAAGAGAGAAAAUUAAUGAAGAAGAAAAUGACUCACUUUGAUGGCAGCGGUCUGGGCUCUCUGCAGAGUGACUCUGGCUCCGUGAGCCCGAUGCCAGGUCCUGACGCACAGACUCAUUCGGAAAUGGCCGGUUCUUUAUUCCCAGCGCCGCCUGCCCCGGCUGCUCUCCCCAUGAGCGCUUUGCAGCACGGAGGGACCCUGCAGCAGGUGGUGGCCUCGCAGUGAGCGAGAGCCACGGACCGGUACCGGAGCACUACAGGACCCAGGGGGGGUCCCCAGCGUGACACAGCUUCAAGGACACUAAACCAAGAGCCACCUGCCAGGUGUGCAGCACAGCACGAGCUGCCAAGGGCCACGGAACUGCAGGAGUCCCUCGGCAAGAGGAUGCCUGUGCCACGAGGCGAGGAGCCCUCCGGCCUGGGAGCAGCUUGGCACAGGGAGGGAACGGCCACAGCCACUUGUUCCACUGCAGACACACAAAAAAAAAGCACAAAACUUGCCCCAGGUAAUCAAUCCCACACUGCUGAGGCAGCUGUGCCUGAGUGUCCCUCGCCCCCAGGGAAAGAGAAUAUUCCUGCUCCUUUGAUCUCCACACAGGUUCCAUGUACUGAUCCCACUUGUGGAGUUUACACACGCAUCUUGAGAAAUGCAAACCUGGCUGAUGUGUUUUGAGCCACUUGAUGGAAAGCCUGGAGCUGGGUGGUUGCACUCACUACACGUUAAGGGCAAAGGUCAGGGAUGAGCUUUUUGGAAUUUUUUGGGGUUUGACAGGUAUGAUUUCCAAUGCUCCAUACACAGGCACUCUCUGAUCUUGCUAUAAAUGUUUUGAAAGCAUUUUGGAAUUGUGAAUCUUGGCCCAAGUUCAUAUUUGGACAAAGAAAAUUCAUGUCAGAUUCAUUUUGGAUCCCAAAAGAAAGAGCAAAGCAAGGCAGAAAUCCUUUUAAAAGCAUGUUUGGAAAAAUGGCUGCAUUUCCUGAGACAGCAGUGACCAUGGAUAAAGAUGCAAUAAUUGCAUUCAACCAGUUUUAAAUCUGGUACAGUUUCAUGAGCUAUUGUGACACUACUAAAAUUUGAGAAACCAAAUUAAUAGAAGAAAAAGCAAACAAAAUACUUCACUUGAAAUAAAGCUCUCAGCGUUUUUCAAGUGGGUCUCAAUUCCUGAAGGGCUGAUCCCUUCCAUACUAAGCAGAAUUUGCCAGGUAAUCAGUACUUAAAAAUAAUCUGGAUACUUAUUUCCCCAAUAUGAUUCCAAAUUGCAUGUGCAAAACUUUUGUCUGCAAAAGAAAAAUGUUUAGAGCACGUGAGUGAUUUGGGAAUUUCUACUCUCAUUGUCCAAAGCAGUUUAGAAAUUUAGGAUGUCUAUCCUCAGUAAUCUCCAUCAAGGUAUCCCCUGAAAUCUCACUGUCAUUGUUGCAAAAAAGACUUAGGAGCAGUAAGUCAUUUAGGCACUACAUUCUUGGGUUUGUUCUUUAAUUAUAACAAAUAGUACUAUUAGAGUAUCAAAAUGUUGGCGAUGUGAAAUGACAUUGUAUAUAAAGAACAUUAAAAUAAAUGUCUUUUUUCAUAACUAUUUUGCAAUGUGUAUCAGCUACCGCAGCAAGUGAACCUGCAGAUUUUCAUGGUUAGUCUGUUCUUAAAUUGCAAUAUCAAAUUUAAAAGUGGUGGUAAAAGAGCUCAGAGAAAUUAGAGGAGCUUGGGAAGAGCAGUAUGGUUCAGGGAGAUGGCAGCUUUCACUCCUCAGUAAUUUGAUUUAUCAUUUUGUUUGCAAGAAGGACAGUGCUAAACAAAGGUAGAGUUUGAUGAAAUGGGGAAGGUGCAUUGUAAAAUUCCCACUCAUUCCUGUCCCAGUGGUGCUCUGUUUGCUGCCAACAGCAUGGCUAGCAGAGGGGAGAGGAAGGAGCUGCAACUCAAAGUUCAGUAACAGAAAGUCUCCAAUUGAUCUCCACAUGGUAGGAAAAGAGGAACAUGACAAAGAGCACACGGGAACAAAAGGGAUUUCCCAUCCUCAUCAAUGAGCAUUGCAGCCAAACUGCUCUCCCAAUAAAGAGCCAUUGGAUCUACCCAAAAGAGGAAUCCACUGGAAAUACAUAGCACAGCCACUGUUCUGGCAGAGGGAAAUGUUAAGAUAUUUUAUUCACAUAUGCACAGAUAUUUCACUUAACAGAAACUGGAAAAGCUUCAACAGGAAAAGUAUCCCCACAUUGACCAGUUAAAUGGGAUUGUGCUUGCAGACUA